GUCGCGGCCGCGCGCUCCGCCCGCCGCUGCGUCCCCACUAUGGCGGCGCCCAGGCAGCCCACCGCGUCGUGGGCGCCCGCCGGGGUCCCCCGCGGCUGCCGCCGCCGCCUGCGCCCUCGCCUCCGCCUUCCCGCCCGCGCCGGGCCGGGCGCCGCCUCCCCCCUGCCUCCCUCUCCUCUGCGGUCAUGUAGGAAAUUGUAAACCAUGUGAAGAUGGGACUCUUGGUAUUUGUGCGCAAUCUGCUGCUAGCCCUCUGCCUUUUUCUGGUACUGGGAUUUUUGUAUUACUCUGCGUGGAAGCUGCAUUUACUCCAGUGGGAGGACCCCAAUUCAGUGGUUCUUUCCUUUGACUCCGCUGGACAAACACUAGGCGCAGAGUAUGAUCGGUUGGGUUUCCUCCUGAAGCUGGACUCUAAACUGCCUGCUGAGUUAGCCACCAAAUACGCAAACUUUUCAGAGGGAGCUUGCAAGCCUGGCUAUGCUUCAGCCUUGAUGACUGCCAUCUUUCCUCGGUUCUCCAAGCCAGCACCCAUGUUCCUGGAUGACUCUUUCCGCAAGUGGGCUAGGAUUCGGGAAUUUGUGCCGCCUUUUGGGAUCAAAGGUCAAGACAAUCUGAUCAAAGCCAUCCUGUCAGUCACCAAAGAGUACCGCCUGACCCCUGCCUUGGACAGCCUCAGCUGUCGCCGCUGCAUCAUCGUGGGCAAUGGAGGUGUCCUUGCCAACAAGUCUCUGGGGUCACGCAUUGAUGACUAUGACAUUGUGGUCAGACUGAACUCAGCACCCGUGAAAGGCUUUGAAAAGGACGUGGGCAGCAAAACUACACUGCGCAUCACCUACCCUGAGGGCGCCAUGCAGCGGCCCGAACAAUACGAACGCGAUUCUCUCUUUGUCCUCGCUGGCUUCAAGUGGCAGGACUUCAAGUGGUUGAAGUACAUUGUCUACAAGGAGAGAGUGCUCGGGGCCUACAGGGAUGCCUGCCAACUUGUCCAGGCCCGUUCCCCCCUCUCCCCUCAACCGGCUAUCACCAGCCACCCCAGGGGAGGAGUACUGCAGAGUUCAGGCCGUUCGUCUUCCAAUACCCAAGCCUCUUAUGCGAGGAGAAUGAUGACAGAUGGCCUCCGCAUACACCCUUUCCCAAGCAAGGCCAAGUGCAGGCAGUGUCAAGUAGGUAGCAAGCGAGAGAGAAGACAGAAGUCAGGUCCAGAAAUUCAGUGGGGACAGGAAAAGCUUCCCCGUGUGGCUCCCUGUCAGACUGCCCUCAGGAGCGAGCAAGACAGUACACGUGGCGACGCUGGACACAGUGUGCUCCCCCUGCAGAGUGCGUCGGAUGGCUUCUGGAAAUCUGUGGCCACUCGAGUGCCCAAGGAGCCCCCUGAGAUUCGCAUCCUCAACCCAUAUUUCAUCCAGGAGGCCGCCUUCACCCUCAUCGGACUGCCCUUCAACAACGGCCUCAUGGGCCGCGGGAACAUCCCGACCCUUGGCAGUGUGGCAGUGACCAUGGCACUACACGGCUGUGAUGAGGUGGCGGUUGCAGGCUUUGGCUACGACAUGAGCACACCCAAUGCACCCCUGCACUACUAUGAGACCGUGCGCAUGGCGGCCAUCAAAGAGUCCUGGACGCACAAUAUCCAGCGAGAGAAAGAGUUUCUGCGGAAGCUGGUGAAAGCACGUGUCAUCACCGACCUAACCAGCGGCAUCUGAGGCGGGCCCAGCACAUGGCCACGGAGGUCCUGGCACCGCCAAGAGCAAGCAGCAGCCACCACCACCUGCCCACUUCAUUGGCCUUGGUCUGGCUCUGCCUGAAAGGCACAGGAGUCUUUAGACCCCGAGAAGGACAGUGCCAAGUGGCCCC